AUGUCCAUCCUCUUCAAGCACCUCAGGGUACAUCAGGUCUUCGGUGCUAACACGGAUGUUGGCAAGACCAUCCUAACCACGGCCCUUGUCCGUGGGUCUGCAGCUAAAGACAUCCCAGUCCAUUACUUGAAGCCAGUCAGUACUGGUCCGAUGCAGGAUGCCGAUGACGGGCAUGUUGAAUAUUUCGCCGGAAAGCACAAGGCGGGCGUGCACGCCGCUUGUCUUUUUCGGUUCGAUGAGCCAGUAAGCCCCCAUCUAGCUGUACAAUUGGCGCAAAGUCAACGAGAGCACAAGACAAAUGCUCCAUCCGACGAGGAAUUUGUUAAUUCAGUAGCGGCCCAUAUUCGAAAGUCUGCAUCUCUUACAACGCGACCAAGUCACAUGUAUGUAGAGACCGCGGGAGGCGUCCAUAGCCCCACUCUAUCUGGCACCACACAAGCGGAUGCCUACCGCCCGCUUCUGCUCCCAACGAUUCUUAUUGGUGAUGCGCAUCUUGGGGGCAUCUCCUCCACCAUCGCUGCAUACGAAUCCCUUCUUUUACGCGGCUACACCAUUGACCUUGUGUUACUCUUUCGCGAUGCGUAUUAUCGCAACAGCGAAUACCUCGAGCCCUUCUUCGCUGAACGCGGCAUACACGCACUUGCGCUCGCGCCUCCCCAUGCCCGCCUUUCUGACGCGCGUGAGGAACGCGCCGCCAUGGAACAGUACUACAAGCAACUUGUACCCGCCUCGCAGAACUCUGCCAUAUUCGAAGCCCUACAUCAUCUCGAUGUCCGCCACACCACGCGCAUCACAGAGCUCGACGCGAUGGCCGAACGCGCACUCGAUACACUGUGGUGGCCAUUUGUGCAACACGGACAGGUCAAAGGCGCGGCCGACGUGAACAUCAUCGACAGCGCCUCUCGUGACUUCUUCUCUGUCUACACCAGCAACAAGAACAGUGCCCAUUCGAGUGACGCAAAACAAGGCUCUCUGUUGGAGCCCCAACUCGACGGCUCCGCAUCCUGGUGGACGCAGGCGCUUGGUCACGCACACCCCGCACUCACUCUCGCGGCCGCACGCGCGGCAGGUCGGUACGGACACGUUAUGUUUCCGCAGGCAGCACACGCGCCGGCACUGCGUCUCGCAGACCGCCUGCUGCAUGGACCCGGCGCAGGGUGGGCGUCGCGUGCGUUCUUCUCGGAUGAUGGCUCGACAGGAAUGGAAGUCGCACUCAAGAUGGCACUCCGGGCGUAUUCGGCGCGCCACGGCGUGACCGGCGCAGCGCGCAAGUCAUUGGGUGUGCUUGGAUUGAAAGGGAGCUACCAUGGAGACACACUCGGCGCGAUGGACGCCUGCGAGGAGGGCGUGUAUACGUGCGAGUGGCAUAAUGCAAAAGGCGUUUGGCUCGACCCACCUGCGGUAGCGAUCCGCAAGGGACGCGUCGUUGUAUCGAUUCCUCCUGCUAUGACUGCCGAUGAGGAUCUGUCGACGCACGUCACCAUGGCGUCGCUGCAGGAGGUGUACGACGUCGAGGCGCGGCUGCAACAUCCACUGGCAGGCAUUUAUAAGCGCUUCAUCGAGCGAUCCCUCGCGAAGCUCAAAGAGAAUGGCGGACCGCAGCUCGCGGCGCUGGUGCUGGAGCCACUGGUGAUGGGCGCAGGUGGCAUGAUCUUCGUCGAUCCACUCUUCCAGCGCGUGCUUAUCGACGUAGUUCGCGCGUCCGAGCCGGCUGCCAGUACAGAACCAGGAUGGUCGGGUCUGCCUGUGAUCUUCGAUGAAGUGUUUAUCGGACUAUACCGCCUCGGUGUGCGCAGCGCGACGUCCAUCCUAGGGGCACGUCCCGACAUCUCCGUCAAUGCCAAAAUCCUGACGGGCGGACUGGUACCGCUUGCGGUCACGCUGGCGUCGGACUCGAUCUUCCGCGCGUUCCUGAGCGAAAACAAGACGGACGCACUGCUACACGGACACAGCUACACGGCAUAUCCCGUGGCGUGCGAGGUGGCAAACGAGACUCUGGACAUCAUCGAGAGGAUGGCCGCCAGUGAGCAGUGGGACGACGCGCGACAGCAGUGGGACGCCCCGACAACGCCGGAGGCACACGAAACGUCUGCAUGGAGUUUCUGGGAGCCUGAAUUCUUGCACAAGGUGUCCCAGCUAAACGCCGUCAACGAGGUGAUGACUCUGGGCACAGUGUUGUCCAUCAAGUUGGAAGACGAGGCAGGCGGAUACCAGUCUCUCUCCGCCCAAAAGCUCCUAGAGCCGAUCAAAAUUGCCGACGCUGAAGGCAGCGAGCUAUCCGCAGCCCCUGGUGGCGCGCCCUUCGGGAUUCACUUCCGGACGCUAGGCAAUGUUGCGUACUUCAUGCUGAGCCUCAACACACCUCGCUCGGUGGUACAUUCAAUGCAGGACAGGAUAUGGAAAACCCUUGCUCGGGCAUAA